GGUGCUGUGGAUCAAUCGUUCAUUCUAAUCUUAGACCACAAACGCCAAUCUCUCGAAUCUCAAUGUUUGAAAACAGAAACCUCAUUUCGCAGAAUCAUUUUGUAAAUCGGCAUUCGUAAACACCUUACACUUAUACAGGUUUCCAAUCCAUCGCCACUUUCCAAUAUCCCAUACCUUAUCGCGAGAGAGAUGUUUGUAUACGCUUAUUCAACAUCACUAGUCACAAUACCUUCAGCAGUAUACAUACUCAAGUAUCUGUUGUAAUGAAUCGCCAUUGCAGGUCCGGACAUUACUCUUACUAUUGGCACUCGUGCCAGCGACCAUUUUGUCAUGUCGCACAAUGAUAUUGAACGCAAUAAGCGCGUUGCGAACAUAUGGACUGCGCGUUUUAUGCCCUUCGCACUUACGGGCGUGGUUGGCUAUGUAACGUAUGUCAUGGUGGCCAUUCUUUGUGUAAAUUUUCUCUUGGUGAAACAGAAAAGUAAGAGCGCCGCAGUGCCCAUUCUGAUAAUAUAUUUUCUGUUGUUCGUCCUCAUGGCCUCGUCCUUUUUCCGAGUUGUGUAUCUGACGACAUUCGAUCCUCCCUAUGCACCACUUGGAGCCGGAGCUGCUGGGAUUCAACGUAAUAAGAAACGAGCGAAUGAUGAUAUUGGUGGAGGGGAAUAUACUCCAGGGGAUUUUGAUGGAUCCAAGAAUGAUCCGGACUCUCCUGGACUCGAAUUAUUCUACACAAAAGACAUCUUUUGUGUGGAGAACGAUGGGAAGCCUAAAUGGUGUUCUGAGUGUUGCAUUUGGAAAUUGGAUCGCCAGCACCACUGCAGUGUUGUAGGAAGAUGUAUAUACAAAAUGGAUCAUUUUUGCCCUUGGGUAGGAGGGCCUAUCGGCGAGAACAACUUCAAGUUUUUUAUUCAAUUUGUUGGAUACACCUCUUUAUUCUGUAUAAAUGUGCUUGUAGUGAUGGCGGUAUACGUUCAUCGACAGCGUAGCACUCAAGGCGUGUCUGUUAAUCACCAUUUCAUUGCCGUUCUUGCACUCGCUGCAUUUUUUGGCCUGUUCACUGGGACGAUGUUCCUGACAUCCGUGAGGCUCGCAAUCAAUAAUUUGACACAAGUCGAAGACAUUACUAGGCUUGGAAAGAUCCAUCGACUAGCAAUACUAAAGCCCUCUCCACAGAGGCUAGCGGAAAUAAAUGUAACAGCCGCUUCGACGCAAACUUAUUCCGAAAUAACAUAUCCGCUAGAUAUUCCGGCCCCUUUAGACGGCAUUCCGGUAAACCGCCCGUAUGUGAAAACUAUCAGGCACGAUCGCUUGUCCGAGCCAAUCUCAGUCAAUGAUGCAAGGCGAAUGGCUGGUCUCACAAAUUUACCUACCAAUGCAACAAUCGAGCCAGCUAACGGGAACGUUCAAUCUAGAGAUGAGCUUCCGGAAUCAACAACAGCAGGCAUCCCUGAUAAUUCAUCAAACACAUUUCCGUCAUCUCAAAAUAUUGAAGCACCAGCAAUUCGAGGGCUCCAGAAACCGACAGAAAACAUUUGGCGGUUUAGUAGAGACCAAAGGGCUGUGCGUACCUUUGCAAUACUCGAAACACUAACCCCCGGCGAUAAUCCUUGGGAUCUCGGAUCCGCCCUAUUAAACUGGGAGACUGUCAUGGGAGAACAUUUUCUUGACUGGUUUCUCCCCAUGAAGAGAAGCCCUUGCUGCAACCACGAGAACACAGAAAGUCAUUUCUCGAUUGGCCCAUCUGUAGAUCGUAUUCGAGCCUCGGUUUGCUUUAUUCCACCUAAUGAGGUACGCCCUGAAGGACAUCGUCAACGGGCCAGGCCAAAUCGUCAUAGGAAAGACAAACCGAGUCAAUCAGGGCGACAUUUUAGCCCAAAUGAUGAAGAGAUGGGCCGAAAAACAGAUGAAACAGAACUGCGAGAUCUCCGUGCUCGUAAUUCACGCCAUAGAUGAUAUGGGUUCACUCCUUUUUUAAUAAAUUUACAAAUUAAUGGAAAUCGUCCUGGCUUGAAGCGAACUGUACUACAAAAUCAGCACUCGCAAUAUAUGAAAUUGGCGUUAGGUAUAUCACGAUGCCAGUAUAUAGGAGCACUAAAUGUAAUAAUUAAUCUAAUUCGAGUUUAGAAAGGCAUUGGAAUAGACAGUGAUACCUUUAAGCUCUCCGAGCACUCACCCUUAGGAGUCUUCUCAGUUCAUUGUGUUCGAAAUCCAGAACCUCACGCAUCA